AUGCAACUUCAUAACUGUAUUCUCUCGGUUAAAGAUGCGGAUGGAGCUGUUAUCAUUGACCACAGUCUCAUUCGGCAACACAUAGUGGACCAUUUUCGAAACUUGCUCAAUGGGUCUUCACAAGUAUACCAGCCACAAGUUCAGCAGAUCGGGGAUUUCCUCCCCUGUGCUCUAGAUGCUGAUCAAACCCUUUCCCUCUCUCGGCCCAUCACCGAAGUGGAGAUUCGUACUACUAUGUUCUCCCUAGCUACUGGUAAGGCGCUGGGCCCCGAUGGGUUUAAUGUUGAUUUCUUUAAAGCAAAUUGGGAUAUCAUUGGACCGUCGAUCACGUCGGCUAUUACGAACUUUUUUGAAACCGGCAUGCUGCUCAAGGAGAUUAACACUACCAUUCUCGCACCGGUGCCCAAAAUUCCUAACGCCUUGGCUAUGUCGGACUUUAGGCCCAUUGCUUGUUGUAAUACCGUGUAUAAGUGUAUUACUAAGAUCCUUGCCAAUAGAAUUGCAGUUGUGCUGCCCACUCUUAUUAGCCCCCCGCAAAGUGCCUUUGUCAAAGGCCGACGGAUUAGUGACAACAUCAUGCUAGCUCAAGAACUGUUUGCCAGCUUCCACCACGAUCCUUAUCUUCCCAAGUGUGCGAUUAAGGUGGAUUUCCAAAAGGCCUACGAUACAUUGGAAUGGGGAUUCCUUGAGGUGGUCUUCCAAGCCUUCGGCUUCCCAAGUUUUUUUACCAAGUUGAUCAUGCUAUGUGUUUCUUCUCCAUUUUUCUCGAUAUCCAUCAAUGGUGAAUUGCAUGGAUUUUUUGGAAGUUCUAGAGGGAUACGCUAA